AAAAAGACAAACAAAGGGGGGAGGGUAAUAGAGGGGCUUAUCCUUGAGGCCAAUCCAGUGUCUCCGGAUGUUGAUAUGGCUCUCCUCUCCUCCGCUCCUUUCUCCUCCUCUUGUCGAACUCUUUCUCUUCCCAUUGCACCUAAUCACUCCUUGAGAUUGCAAAGGAACCUCAUCCUUCAACCAAGACCAUUCAAUGGAGCGAGAGUUUCUUUGCCUUCUCUUUUCAUGGAGAGGAGGUUGAUAAUUGUUCGUGCUUCUUCGGAGACUGAUGGGAAGGGGGAAAGUGAACCUGAGGCUUCUCCAUCUGAGGGGUCUGAAGAGGCUGUGUCAGUGGAGAAUCUUCCUCUAGAGUCGAAGCUGCAGCUGAAACUUGAGCAGAAGCUAAGGAUGAAGCUUGCAAAGAAGAUAAGGCUCCGGAGGAAGAGGCUUUUGCGGAAGCGGAGGAUGAGGAAGAAGGGACGCUGGCCACCUUCAAAGAUGAAGAAGCUCAAAAAUGUAUGAUCAAUGAUGGGGUACCUUGCAGGUUCAGAACUGUCCCUUCAUUCUCCAUCCUGUUUUUCCUGCGUUGGGUAUUGGUGAAUGUUUAUCUGGUUUUGUUGCAUUAUGCUUGUUAACUCCAUUGACUUUUCAGUCAAUGUAACAGUUUUUUCAUGAAAUCACUAUGAGAAUUUCUUUUGGUCCCAAGAAAAUUAA